UCGAUACCCUUUCACCCCAGAGGGGCCCCAGCAGGAUGUGCACACUCAGCUCUUUUCCAGCCCUGGCUAUUUAAAGCUGGACAGCACUGUGAGCCCUCUCCUCCCCCUGCACUGCGAGCCCUUGGACUUUCUCCCACAGCCAUGAGCUCAGGCACAGCUCCCAUCUUCACGGAGGGUGAGGACUGCAAGGCUGCAUGGCGGGAGGCUACAGCUGCCUACAAUGCCCCCGACACCCACCUGGAGAUCCUGGGGAAGCCGGUGAUGGAACGCUGGGAGACCCCCUACAUGCAUUCACUGGCAACCGUGGCUGCCUCCAGGGGUGGCCGUGUGCUGGAGGUGGGCUUUGGCAUGGCCAUUGCUGCCACCAAAGUGCAGGAGUUCAACAUUGAGGAGCACUGGAUCGUGGAGUGCAACGACGGCGUGUUCCAGCGGCUGGAGGAGUGGGCAAGGGUGCAGCCACACAAGGUGGUGCCACUGAAGGGGCUGUGGGAGGACGUGGUGCCAACGCUGCCGGAUGGGCACUUCUCUGGAAUCCUAUAUGACACGUACCCGCUGUCUGCACAGACCUGGCACACGCACCAGUUUGCCUUCAUCAAGGACCAUGCCUUCCGCCUGCUGCGGCCCGGGGGGGUCCUCACCUACUGCAACCUCACCUCGUGGGGGGAGCUGCUGAAGGGCAAGUACAGCGACAUAGAGAAGAUGUUUGAGGAGACUCAGGUGGCACAGCUGCUGGAGGCCGGCUUCAGGAGGGAGAACAUCAGCACAGCAGUGAUGGAGUUGGUGCCCCCCCGGGAGUGCCGCUACUACUCCUUCCCUCGGAUGAUCACCCCCCGCGUGGUGAAGCACUGAACAAAAAGGUUCCUGUGGCUGCAAACCCACAGCGCAGCGUUGACCCAAAGGGGCUCACGCCGUCCUUUACUCUAAAAACAAUUGUUUGU